AUGGGCUUAUGUAAGUGUGAACGGAGACGGGUAACUAACCUGUUUUGUUUCGAGCACCGGGUCAAUGUGUGUGAGUUUUGUUUGGUGGCAAAUCACCACAAGUGCAUUGUUAAAUCCUAUCUUCGAUGGAUAAAAGACAGUGAUUUUAACCCAUCAUGUAGCAUUUGUCACGAGCCUUUCGAAGCGGAUCCUCCCAAAAAAUGUAUUCGUUUGGUGUGUCUUGAUGUUUUCCACUGGAAUUGUCUCAAUAAUUAUGUGAUGAACUUGCCACCAACAACAACUCCAGCAGGCUUUUUGUGCCCGUUGUGUGGCCAACCAAUCAUUCCUCAGGCUAAUCAUGGCGGUCCUGUCGCAGAAGCGCUCAGAUCAUGUUUAAGCGAAGUUGAUUGGGCCAAAGAAAGUUUGAACGAAAUAAGGCCUUUUUUCCAUCUGGAAGGUCAUCCGAAGUCCACGUCAACACCUAGCAUGAACAUUUGUACUUCAAAUCCAACAGAUGGAAAGCUUUUCAAUUCAUGUCUAGAUGUAGCUGCAAGACAAUUCUUGAAAGGACAUGACGUUACAGAUAUAUUGGAGAGUCCUCAGAAGACAACAGGAUUCCAGAUAGACAAUUCUAAGGACACUAAUAUGUAUACUGAUAUUUCCCAGCUACAUUAUCAACGAAGAGAUCAGCCAUCGUUAAACUCCCAGAAGCUGUUCAUGCCUGAAAAUGAUGAUAAUGAUAAGUAUAAACGACAUCUAACAUUGGCAUGGUUCAGACGUUUCCUCCGGAGGCAUUCAUCACACUUUAAACGUUUAUCGGUUAUUCGACGAAAUCGUCUUAUUCUAUUAAUUAUGGGUUGUAUAUUAUGUAUCUUCCUACUGGGUUUUUAUGGUUCUCAACCGAAGGACAUCACUGGUGAUCCAUUAUUAGAUCCUCAUAUGAAUCCAAAUAUUCAUUUUAAUCUGAAACCUAUAGUUUCAGUAAAAGAAGUCUUAAAUAAUAAUCUUAAUAAAGAUGGAGAUAGACGUGUUAUUGAUGGGUUGAAAGAAGCCUAA